ACAUUUUAGCGAUGAUAAAUUAUCAACAUUAAAUUGGUAACUUUUAUUUAUCUCUAAAAAGUCACCAUUUAUAACUACAUUUUAUGGUAACAUUUUGCUAACAUUUUCAUAUUAUAUUUUGUUAACAUUUUUAUGUUAACUUUAAGACAACUUUUAAAAGUUAUCUUUUUCAAAAGUACUUUUUGUUACCAUUUUGAUAACAUUUAGAAAUAGCAAAAAGUUGACUUGGAAUAGAUAACUAAAAGCCAACAAAAAGCUGAGCUGGCCACUUGGGUGGCGUGAUCUAUCACAGCUUUGCUGUUUUUGGUGGGAUUAUAUUAUCAGGUGUCGUAUAUUGAUUGCUUUUGUAUAUAUAUUUAUCUCAGAGAUAGUCUGAGGUGUGUGUUCGAUUUAAGAAGGGUAUGAAGUAUAUGUUAUAUAUUUAUUCGUACAUACUAUACAGUGAUAUAUAUCAUUUGUGUACAAGUACAUGUAUGAUGGAGAAACGACAACGACCGGCGUGUUAAAGUUUGACAAAUGUUACGUUUUUCAUGUCAUUUUUUUACUAUAUCAAUAAAUUAUUUAUAUAAAUAAACAAUUAUAAUGCGUCGGAUAUGAUGCCGAACACAUCACGCCCAUUGUUAACUUCAAACGUUGAACCAGACUGGGACACAUUGAUGGAGGUUCACUAUGAACCAAUAGAAAAGAAUUACGAAUUGUUAGAAGAAAUUGGCAAAGGUCAAUUUGCUGUGGUUAAAAAAUGUCGGGAAUUAAAAACGGGCUCCGUUUAUGCUGCAAAAAUAAUGAGGAAACGACGUGUUGCUAGAGGUGUUGCUGCAGCUGAUAUUGCACGUGAAGCUGGACUUCUUGCACAGCUCAGACAUCCAAAUAUUGUGUCUCUACAUAAAGUAAUAGAUACAGGUAAAACAGUAGUUUUAAUAUUGGAAUUAAUAUCUGAUGGUGAAUUAUUUCAUUGGACACCUUCUAGUGAAAAUGAAGCUGCUCAUGUUGUUCGACAAGUAUUAAUGGCGUUAAGGCACUUACAUUCGCAUCAAGUUGCUCACUUGGAUAUAAAACCAGAAAAUAUUCUUCUAUCAACGCCACCGCCCAUGCCUAACAUUAAACUUAUCGAUUUAGGAUUAUCUCAUCGCUUGAUGCCAGGAUCUGAAUUACGUGCAUUGUUUGGGACCCCGGAAUUUGUUGCUCCGGAAAUAGUUAAUUAUGAACCACUAAGCUUAGGAACAGAUUUAUGGGCUAUAGGUGUUCUCACUUACAUACUAUUAAGUGGAGCUUCUCCAUUUCUUGGUAAUAGUAAACAAGAAACUUAUGCUAAUGUGGCAGCAUGUCAAUAUCAGUUUGAUGAUGAAUUUUUUAGUAAUAUAAGUCAACUAGCUAAAGAUUUUAUACGUUCUUUACUGGUCAAAGAUCCGAAAGAGCGUGGAAGUGCAGAUUUGUGCCUUAAUCAUCCGUGGAUUCUUGUGGAUUCAGAAACGUCUCAGGAUUAUAGUAGAGCUCUAAUUAGCGCGGUGAAACGUGGCUGUAUUCAAACAGUAUGUCAAUUGUUAAAUCAAGGAAUUCAAGUGGAUAUCAAAGAUACGAAACAAGAUACACUUCUACAUAUAGCGUGUGCUACCGGCAAUGAAGUCAUGACAGCUCUUUUAAUUGACAAUGGUAUAGAAUUAGAUGUUGCUAAUGACAAAGGGCAUACACCAUUACACGUCGCUGCUCGAAAUGGACAUAUAAAUAUUGUUAGACUUUUAUGUUUAUCUGGUUGCGAUGUAGAUAAAACGAAUCAUGGUAUUCGCGCUGAUGUAACUGCUAUUAAAUAUGGUCAUUUAGAUAUUGCCAAUUUAUUGGAUAAAUUAAGAAAUGGUAUUCAACGAGAAAAUUAUAUUAAACAGCUACAAAUAACUCAUAAACCAAUUGAUUGCUUGCACAUACGCAUUUUAGGACAUUGUGCAACCGGAAAAACUUCUUUAAUAAAUUCUUUGAAAGCAGGGAUAUUUAGUUUUGGACUUUUUAGAAGAUCCAAAAGUCAAAAUUGUUCUACUAAGAGAGCACCAAGUAUUGAAUUAGAUGUAACGAGUAAACAUGGUUCACUUAGCUUUGAAUAUAGUGAUAAUGAGUACGAGGGAACAAUUGGAAUCGAAUGGAGUAAAGCUAAUCUCGGAGGUGAAUGCGUUUUCUGGGAAUUGUGUGGUCGUGAAGAUUUUCUAACAUCCUAUCAUCAUGUUCUUUCAUUUCAAUUAUCUGCAGUACAUCUCAUAACAAUAAGUCUUCGGGAACCGCUUACUGUUCAGUUACAGCAAGCGCGAUUUUGGUUGCGUUUUAUUAUGGACAGAAUUCCACCUGAUAAUAUUGGAUUUGCCGGGAAAUUUCUUGAUCUAAAAGUUAUUCUGGUUGGCACAUAUGCUCCCGAGCCACAAGCACCAAAUGUAAAUCGUACAAAUUUUCUUGCUCCGUUAAUACCAUUUUUAAAUGAAUUUAAACCAAUAUUGGGAGAUGAACCAUUGAUGGUAGCUUUGGAUGCAACAAAUUGUUCAAAUCCAGGAGUAAAGUUGUUACGUUCAUAUUUAACUAACGCUCGUGCAGGAUUUCUUGAGAGUGCUUUUGUUUGGACGGGUCUUCUUGAGGCCUGGAGAGCUCACAUGCAAACUUUGGAAGAUCCUCCAGUAAUGUUGUCGUUCGAUGAGUUACUUAUAGAAGUCAGAAAAAUAAAUCCUCUUGCAUCUUUGGAUCAUUGUCAAUAUUUAGCGCAUCAAUUGCAAAUUUUAGGUGAUUUAAUCAUUCUACAAGGUAAUUUAGUUAUAUUGAAUCCUGAGUGGUUUUGGCGUGACGUCAUUGGUUGGCAACUGAAUCCUGAACAAAGAAGUCGUCUUGUUCGUACUACUGGUGUCUACACUUUAGAAGACUUUCAAGCACGUUGUCCUUGCCCAGCUAAUCAAGCUUUGCGUGUUCUUCAAAUCACAAAUUUUUGCGUGAUGUGUGACAUCGAUGACGACGAAGUCGAAUAUGAGAUACCAUGCUUAAAUUUUGUGGAACGACUUCGAGGACUUUGGGAGCCAUGGAAGCCAAAUUCAACAUCAUUGCCACAUACUGGACUUCGCUUGCAUCUUGCAGAAGCUUCUUUCUACCAUUUAAUACCUCUAUUUCCACAUCUACAGGUCCAAUUACGAAAAGUUACUCAGUCAUGGGACCCUCAUGAUUCUGACUUAUAUCAAUGGUGGCGAGGUUCAAAAUUAUGCAUAGGCUCAUGUGAGAGCAUUAUUACUUUAGAGGAAGAAGACCAAGGCUAUAUAGAAAUAAAAGUUCGUGGUUCUCCUGAUUCUGGAUCUCAGUGUUUCGCACUACUCGGUGUUAUUUUUGAUACAAUCGAUGCUACAAUCAAUAUUGUAGCACCCGCAUUAUUGCUUGAACGACACUGGUUGAGUCCCAGUCAACUUCGAAAUUAUGAUGAGGUAAUUCAUUCAUGGGAACCGGCGCCUAUACUAUCUGCAUUAUUAGAGAAAAACUUCGAUGAAGUACGAUUUAAAAAUCCGUUUAAUGGACGCCAGGAAAGUAUUUGGGAAAUUGUGGGGUGUGGUUCUAAUUUAAUGGAUAAUUGUGUUCCGGGUACAAGGCAGCCGGUAAAAUAUAUUAAACUCGGUAUCCAACGAAAGUUGGCACAAAUGCUUGAUCCCCCUGACCCACAUGGAAAAGAUUGGUGUUUAUUGGCAGUAAGACUUGGCUUAAGCGAUCGAGUUGCUACUUUAGAUAGCAGUGUGGAGAGUCCAACUCUGAGAUUGCUUGCAUGUACAGGGAUAUCAUGUACUGUAGGGUCUCUUAUAAAACAACUCCAAGCUCUUGGUCGAGACGAUGCCGUCCACUUAUUGCUUUCUUACAGUCCUGUAUUUGUAUUAUCUAUGUCAAUUGAAUCAGAAACUGGAUCAAAUUUAUCAAGAUGACUGCUGUGAAUAUUUUUAAAAUAUGGUAUAAAAUAAUAAUCUGAUAUGAUUACCCAAUACGGAGAUAACGUAUCAUGGUUUAUACAUAAUAUAUAGAUCUACAUAUAUAUAUAUAUAUAUAUAUAUAUAUAUAUAUAUAUAUAUAUAUUAAGGUGCGUCAUUUCGGAGCAACAUUUUGUUUUUUUAAGUGCAUGUGGAAAAAAUCACAGUCAACACAAAAAAAAAAUUUUCGCACAAGAAAAAAAUUCUAUGUCGACAACAGACCUAGCUCAUUGAAAGAUUCGAUUUUCCCAUUUAAAUAACACGGGAAAAAUUUUUUUUUUAGCUUUAAGUAUUUUUAACUCUCUAACAAAUCAAUAGAUCAAAUAAACUAAUACAUAUUUUUGUAGGAAAUUGAACGCUCUACAAAAAAGGUCGCUUAUUAUUUUCGAUAAAUCCAUCUGUUCAGAAGUUAUUGGAGCUCGAAGUAAAGUUGGAGAUCUUUUAACUUUUCCGGCGAAACUAUCAGACUUAUCACAAAAUGUUGUAGGAUCUUUUUUGCUGACAAUUUUAUUCUCUACAAAUCAUUGUGAGUUUUUUUCGAAUUCCACAUUGUUUUCUAGUGAUUUCCAUUUUAAUUUCAAGCUCUUAAAAAAGUGGUUCUGAUCGAUUUCAAGAGCUCGACAUUGAAUAACUAGAAAACAAUGUGGAAUUUGAAAAAAACUUCACGAAUAAUAAUUUGUAGAGAAUAAAAUUGUCAACAAAAAAGGUCUUACAACAUUUUGUGACAAGUCUGAUAGUUUUGCCGGAAAAGUGAAAAGAUCUCCCACUUUACUUCGAGCUCUAAUAACUUUUGAACAGAUGGAUUUAUCGAAAAAUAAUAAGAGACCUUUUUUGUAGAGCGUUCAAUUUCCUAUAAAUAUAUUCAUCAAUAUAUUCGAUCUAUUACUUUGUUAAAGAGUUAACAAUACUUAAACCUAAAAAAAAACUUUUUCCCAUGUUAUUUAAAUGAGAAAAUCGAAUUUUUAAAUGAGCUAGGUCUGUAUUCGAUAUAGAAUUUUUUUUCUUGUGCGAAAAUUUUUUUUUGUGUUGUACUGUGAUUUUUUCCACAUACACUUAAAAAAAAAUGUUGCUCCGAAAUGACGCAUCUUAAUAUAUAUAUAUAAUAAUGUCAAAAAAGCUUGCCAGAUAAAAAAUCUCUUAUUAAUUUUAUUUAAAGCUUUCCUUAUUCCCCUAGGAUUUUUGUAUGGUCUUAUAUUUA